UUUUCGCUUUAGUUGAGUUCUUACUCCACAGCUACUCCUCGGCGGCGACGUGGAGUCGAUUGUCUGCAAUCGCUUGCGGUGAUUGUCGGUGAGAUCGCGCCAUCCGCUUCCUACGGCGACGUAUUAUUAAAUUCGGAACCGGGCUUCUCCUCAUUCUCCGGAUCGCGAUCUCUUCUUCUCCUCCUCCUCCUCGCUUCCCCCGAGCUCCAUGCUUCCCGCUCCUCCCACUACCGCCGCCGCCGCCGCCGCCGCCGCCGCCUGAUCGAUCCCAUAUACAUUUUUGUGAAGUGAUGGAUCAUAAAGCAUGGCUUUGGAAAAAGAAAUCUGCAGAGAAGACCAUUGCAAAUGAUAAAGUCGAGCUUCCCCUAAAGGCAAACGAGGAGCAGCAGGUAGAGGCAGCUUCAACUGAUAAAGCAGAGUUGGAGAAAGAAUUGAAACAUUUGACUGAUAAGCUUUCUUAUGUUCUUUCCGAAUGUAAUACCAAAGAUGAGCUUGUAAAGAAACAUGAAAAGAUGGCCCAAGAAACUAUUGCAGGAUGGGAGCAAAUGGAAACUGAAGUGGUUUCUCUAAAAAAUAGCCUAGAGGAAUCGUUGAAGGAGAGACUAGCUGCUGAAGAGAGACUCACACAUCUUGAUGCGGCUCUGAAAGAAUGUAUGCGGCAACUGCAUUUUGUCAGAGAAGAGCAGGAGAAAAGAAUUCACGAUGCUGUUAUGAAGACAUCAAAGGAGUUUGAAAAGUCCCAAGUAGUUUUGGAGGGGAAAUUAGAAGAAACAAAUAAAAGGCUUGCCAAGAUGGGCAUUGAGAAUACUCAUUUCAGUAAAUCUCUAGCAUCCAAGGAAAAAUUGGUUGAAGACUUAAAUAAACAGCGAAAGCGGGCUGAGGUAGAUAUUGGUAGCCUAAUGGCUAGAUUUGAAUCCACUGAGAAAGAUAAUGCUUCUCUCAAAUAUGAGGUCCGUGUUCUUGAGAAGGAGCUUGAGAUUCGGAAUGAGGAGAGAGAGUUCAACCGUAGGACAGCUGAUGUGUCUCACAAGCAACACCUAGAGAGUGUGAAGAAAAUCGCGAAGUUAGAAUCAGAAUGUCAGAGGUUGCGUCUAUUAGUUCGAAAAAGGUUACCGGGACCGGCAGCCGUAGCUAAAAUGAAAAAUGAAGUUGACAUGCUUGGAAGGGAUUCAGCCCUGACGAGGAAAAUAAAUACUGGGCAAAUAGGUUCCAUGUCUGACUUUGCGGUUGAGAAUUAUCCUGAGACACCUAGUAGGAGAAUCAGCAUUCUCACAGAGCAGUUAAUUGUCAUGGAGGAAGAGAGCAAAGCUCUCAAAGAAGCUCUAAGUAAGAAAGAAAGGGAACUCCAUAUCUCUAGGGUCCUGAAUGCUCACACGGGCUCCAAAUUAUCGCAGAUUGAUUCGCAGGUUGAAGGAACACUACAAGGUCAGAAGGGUGUGGAGGUGACAAGGACCAUUCAUUUGUCACAUGAACCAUCUCUGGCAUCAGUAUCUGAUAUUGGCAGUGAUGAUAAAGUAAGUUGUGCUGAAUCAUGGGCAACAGCUCUAAUUUCAGAGUUGGAGAAUUUCCGUAAUGAGAAACAGAGGCGGUCCUUAUCCUCCAAAACAAUUGGAGCUUCCGACAUCAGCUUAAUGGACGACUUUGUUGAAAUGGAGAAGUUAGCUAUUGUCUCUGCAGAUGAUACAUCAAAAAAUUAUGACACACUUUCUCGGCAAGCUAGUGCACUUGCUCACUCCCCAGAGACAAAUGGUAAAUCUGGCUUCUGUCCGGUAGACCAUGAAGCCAAUUCCAAUGGUACAAUCCUCUUUGAUGUCCCUGAAUGGCUUCAAAAGAUAUUGAAAGUGAUUCUGGAGCAACAUCAUUCCACUGGAAGACACCUGGGUGAAAUACUCGAGCAUGUUAGAAUUGCUUUGGCACAUGUGCUUCGUCAAAACCCCGGAAAGUUUGGAGAUACAAAGGAAAGGGCAAGUAGCAAUGAGAAUAACUUAUCUAAGCCUCCUCAUAGUUCUUCGAGGUUGGGGUUAUCUCAUAAAAUUGUUCGCCCUGAUUUGUCGUCAAUGGAAAAGAGCAAUCAGAAAGUAAAGCCAGAUUUGAGCAAAUCAAUGUCUAGAAUAAUUGAGCUUAUGGAGAGUAUUAGUCUUCCUCAUCAAAACUACGAGGAUCCAGAUAUUUCUUUGAAGAAAGAAAGGAAUAUUUCUUCUAAUAAGAGUUCAGAAACACCCACAGGCUACAUGGUUCGUGUUUUUCAAUGGAAAACUUCUGAACUCGCUGAUGUCUUAGAGCACUUUCUCCGUACAUGUUAUGAUCUUUUGAAUGAAAAAGCUGAUGUCUCUAAUUUUUUUAAAGAAUUAGCUUCAGCUUUGGAAUGGGUUCUGAACCAUUGUUUUUCCCUUCAAGAUGUUUCAAGCAUGAGGGAAGAGAUUAUGCAAAAUAUAGAUUGGGAUGAAUCGCGAAGUGAAGGUGAAGUAGAAGCAGGAAUUAUAUGUCAGCUAUCCGAUGCCGAUAAAUUGCAUAAUCCCAUCAAACAACUCUGUAUCUCUAGUAAAUUUGCAAGUGGCGGUGACAAUAUGGCUCAGCUGGGAGAACUCCAAUCUGAUCAGAAAGAAGAAGAAACAAAAUUGGAGGAAAACCUGGAAAACAGAGACUAUGCAAAGGAAGGAUUGGAAGGUCAGCUUCAGUCUGCUAUUGGUGAAAAUAAAUCUUUGAUAAAUCAACUUGAAGCAUCCAAAGAAACUAUUGAGAGCGUGCAUAUGGAAGUGAACGGCUUAAAAGAAUCAAAGGGUUUGGUUGAGGACCAGAUUGUAAAUCACAAGUUGAGUUAUGAAGAUCUUGAUAGACAGCUUGCCAUGGCCAAAGUUGAAGUAAAUGAGGCUCAUCAGCAGUUCUCUCCACUAGAAGUGGAACUGGAGAACAAAAGCAGCUGCUGUGAUGAACUGGAGGCCACAUGUCUUGACUUGCAAUUGCAGCUGGAAAGUAUGAAGAAGGAUGAGAGUCUGAAAAAUGAUGUCAUUCAGGAAGGAAAGCAGCUACGAACUAACUGGGAGAUCGCAGCUGCUUCUGAAAGAUUAGCAGAGUGCCAAGAAACCAUUUUGAACUUGGGCAAGCAGUUGAAAGCUUUGGCUCCAGCAAAAGAUGCUGCUCUUUUUGAUAAGAUCAUCCCUACUCCAACAGAUGCAAACUCCAGCGUUGCCACCAAUGGCACCAUGACAAUUAUUCAAGAGUCACCCAAGAACAAGAGUAUGGCCCGUCGAACUUCUCUGUUGGACAAAAUGCUUGCAGAGGAUAAUGCCGAUGUUACGAACCUAGAAUCCUCUGACAUGAAAGGAGAGAACAACGAUUGUUCUAUCCUCCCGGGUAGAUUGAAGGAGCCUUCAGAAAAGCUUCUCAGUUCGAAUGGAACUAAAAUGACAGACGACCACGAAGCAGUUGGUUCUUUAUCCAUCACGCCAGUGAAAAAACGGGGAGUUGGACUGUGGAGAAAGCUUCUGUGGAGAAAGAAGAGAGUUAACAGCAAGAAACCAUCUCUUCCAUUCGACCAUUGAAAACCAUGCUAGUCCAGCAGAAAGUUGCUUUCCUCUUUCUCAUGACUAACAGAGGAGUAAAUAAGAACGCUUUCGCAGAGAGCCACUGGGUUUGUUUGCACUACUUGUGUACAUAGCGCAAGCUCCUAUAGUUAACACGUGGAAGUUCACACGGUUCUUGAGAAAACGGCUCGUCAUUUGUUCUAGUGUAAGCUAAGCUGCCAUGGGUUGUAUAUUCACUUCUCCUCCCAGUUUUGUAGUGAUGAAUAAAUGUCUAUUGAGGUGGGUAUUUCCUAUAAAUCAGCGCUUCUUUUUUAACCCUUAAA